AUGGAGGAGAGAAGAAAAAGCAAAGUAUCAAUGCAAGUCCUUAAGAGUCAGUCUAUGGUGAAAUCGGCCGGUGAUAUCGGCCCAAAGUCAAUCAGCAGGCUUAGGAUGAGGAAGACUUCAUUUGGAUUUACUGGAGUUCCAGGAAUUAGACCAAUUGAAAGAACAUCACAGGUCGGUAUGGAGUUUAGACGACCACCAUUAAUGUAUUUACCCACAUACCAGUUGGACCCAAGAACAAAAUUUGACAACGAAGUAGUGGAAAUAGAGACUAAUAAAAUAUUGGAUGAAACUUUUACCGAUCACAAGUAUAAUGAUCAAGAGUCUCCAAACUUAGCAUUGCGUAUAGCUGGUGAAGUGAUGCGUAAAAUCAAAGAUCUUAAUUUCAAUCGCUAUAGAAUCAUAACUGUUGUAACGAUCGCCCAGAAGAGGGCGCAAUGCUUCAAUAACGCUAUUACAUUUCUUUGGGACCACGAACGCGACAGCUACGUUGACCUCAGGCGAGAGGUUAAUACAGCAAUUAUACAAGUUACAACAUUCGGUAUUUAUUUGGAUUGAAUAGUUCUUAAAUAUUUAAAGAAAUCUUAGAGAAGAAUGCACAA